ACGCUGCAUUCAUAUUACACAGAUAAAUAUAAGUAUGUUGCACAUUGUGGUGAGUACACGCAAGUCUGAGUACAAUUGUUAAAACCUAAAACUUGUUGAAAAGCAUCAUGCCGGUCACCUUGGUUAUGUCGGGAACAUGUAAGAUAAAGUCUUAUCUGAAGGUUGUGGAGAGAUUACAAUGACGGCCCCAAAUGCAAAUGAGAGGAGGGUGUGCUGGGCAGCGAGGGAUGAGCUCUGGCGCUGCCUGGAUGAAAACAAGGAUGACGUGUCACGGUGCCAGAAGCCACAAAGGGAGUUUGAGAGCAGCUGUCCUGCUCAGUGGGUGAAAUAUUUUAGUAAACGAAGAGACUACCUGAAAUAUAAAGAAAAGAUUCAAACGGAGGGAUUUGAGCCAUUGGACAGUUCAGCCAAAUCGUAGCCACUGCUACAGGACUGUAACUUGGAAAUUAAACCUGCCUGUACAUGAAUUGGAUAAGUGAUAGAGGAAAAAGCUGGUCUCAACCCAAGGAACUGUGCUUGUAUGCCUUUUGUGGUGCUGUGCAGGACGUGGUAGGGGUGAAUGAUUCAUGUCAAUGGAUUGUGUUCUUUCUUUCUUAUUUGAUAUUGCAGUACGAUGAAUAAAGGUGAUUUAUUGGUUA